UCCGUUCUUGCUCUCGCACGACAAACGAAGAACGAAGAGGAAUAGAGGGGACAGGGGGUUGUGAGAGAGCGGUAUAAAUGUAGCUCGCGCAAGUUCCACCAAUCAUUCGCCCUCUGACCUCGAAACUCUUGGAGCUCUUUUGCCUCUCUUCAACUACUUGGCGGUAUACGAGAAACGUACCCUGCUACCAGCCGUACGUACACCACCACCACUUCGAGCACCAUCCCUCGUGACGCGAUUCGCGCCUCGUGAAGAAAAGGAAGAAGCGGUACCAAACGACGGAACAGUCGCGGGACCAGUGCUAUCGUGGUUACGCAGCACAGGGCAGCAGAGCGAAAGGUUUCCUUAUCAACAAGAUGACGAUCACGUUUGUACAACGAUGCAUAAUCAUCUUCACCAUUGUCGUGUGCUACUAUCAAUCUUGGGUCAGUGCAGUGAACUGCGAGAGAAAUCCGUAUGACCCUGCCUGUCGAGGUGCACAGAUAAGGAAACGCUUGACACCGUUGCCUCUCAUGCGCACCAUAAACUGCGAUGAGACUGAUUGCAGCAAGCUUCCUAGAAUGAAAUUCUUAAUCGCAAUUCUCGAUGACAAUCCCAGAGACGUCUACCCAGCUGCGCCUUUACCUCUUCAUUCGAAGAAGAAGCUAGCGCAGGUCGAUCAGCAGGAUGUAUAUAUGGAUUAUUGAUUCGGCGAUCACGGGAUUAUGUCGACUCUGCAAAGAGAUAACCGACCGAUUGACUACUUUCCAGACAAAUCACUCUCGUCCGUUCGAUUACCUUUUAUUAUAUUAUCCGGCCUAAUUAUACCGUGUUUUUCCUGAUUCUACUCCCCAAUAGAUCUUUUCCUCUCUUUUUCCUCACCUUCUUGCAAAUUUGACGAAGCGAAAAAAAUAAAAAAAAGUUAAAAUGUGCGCGUGCACGCAUGUUGUUAGCACCUUGACUUCUCGAUAAUAAACACCUUGACUAGCAUAACGGAAAGAGAAAGAUCAGUUUACUAUUUCGAUCUUGUAAAACGGACACGCGCGAAACGAUUACAUCCCAUAAUUUUUAAUCAUCUUUCAGCAUAUAUUUAUUCUGUUUUAUAUUUUUAAAUAUAGUAUAUAAUUUCAAAUAUAGAAAUAUUAACACUCUUUAGAAAUAUAUAUAUAUAGCGCAUUAAACAUUCUAAUUUUUACUAAACUUUACAAAAAUUAAUCGCGAAAGUGUGUUUACAUUUACUCGUCAAUUUUUACUUUUUUACGCAAUAAUAUAUUUUAGCUCGUCUUAUACACAUCUAUCGAUAGUUUAGAGAAAUGGAGCGAAAUGUUAUUCCACGAAUUAUUUGAAUUAAUCUUCCGAUUGUUUCGCAAAUAUACUCUCGCGUUAAAAGGACUAGAAAUCUGUGGAUCAAUUCCCUUUGGAUCCGUAUUAUGCAUGCUCGAAUAAGAUCGUUAUGCGAACGGCAAAUCAAGUUCUUGUACAUAAAAAGAGAGAUGUUAAAACGAUGUUAUGUGUGAUGUUCCAGAGUGUUUCGUCUACGUUUCAAAUAAAGUAUAUGUACAUACAUACUUGAUAAGAAAAAGAAGGCUUCAUAUAUAUUAUAUUAUAUACUUUCGGUGCAACAACUAAUCACGUGUAUUAAUCGUAUCGUACAAUAAAACUUUAAUUAUGUCAUCGAUAUAUCUAUUGUUCUAAAGAUUUUGGAAAAAUGUGAGGUAUACAGUAAAUAUAUACUCCGCUGCUGUAAUCAUUACUAUUUAUAUAUGUUAUCGCAUUAUUUUUCUAUUAUUUUAUUUCUCCACAACAAAUCUGUAAAGAUUAAACGAAUUAAUUGAUA